ACAGCUGACCCGGGUAUGAAAUAAUGCAGAUAAAACUUAUACAGUACCUAACAAACAGUAUUUUAUUAACUGCGAAGACGAGAACACAUAUAAACAAAGUGUAGAUAAAAGUUUAAACAUGGAUACUGCAGUUUUCUGUGUCACUCUGUGUCUACUUAUAAAUGCAAAUACAGCUGACGUUCCAACCAAAUAUUAUCAAGAAAGAAGUGCUUUAUUAGCCGAAGAAAUACACACAGCUGUUGGUGGAAAAGUAAGCCUGAAUGAAAAUGAAACGAUAGCCAAUAAUAUACUGAUGAAAUGGAAGGAGAAGGAACUUAGUAAUUCUAAUGCACAGCGGAUAAAUUUUGCUAAACACUACUUUACUUAUAAGAAAGAUAUAGAAAAAUCGAAGGUUUAUAAAAUUAUAAGGAAAAUGCCUAAAGGAGGGUUGUUGCAUGUGCAUAGUACGUUGCUAUUGAAUGAAGAUGUACUGAUACAGUUUACGUAUGAAGACUAUUUGUAUGCCUGCUUCGCAAAUAAUGAUUUGAGUUUUUAUUACGCUACGAAAACUCCAGACCAACCUUGUGCAACUAAAUGGGAGCUCGUCAGUGAACUUAGAAACAAUGCUAGUAGCACAGAAGCCUUUGAUACUCAGUUAAAACAAUAUCUAACAAUCUACAAUGAUAAAGGAGUAGACUGUGACUACCAAGAUAUGAACGCAGUUUGGCAGAGGUUCAGUAAAGUUGGCAAAACUAUGGGAUCUUUGAUUUCCUACCGACCAAUAAGAGAAAGGUAUUGUUAUGAGACACUGAAACAAUUCUACAAUGACAACAUAAUGUAUGCUGAGAUCAGAAUAAGUUUGUACGGUGUAUACGAAUUAGAUGGCUCGAAACACACCAAGGAAUACAUGGUAGAAUUGUAUAAAAAUACGACAGCAAAAUUCAUUGAGGACCAUCCAGAUUUCGUUGGAGUAAAACUAAUUGUAACACAAAGCAAAAGCCGAUUUGAGAGUGUGUUAGCAGCUUUAAAUAUGACGAGAAGGUUAAAAGUGGAAAUGCCAGAUAUGAUAGCAGGAUUUGAUCUCGUUGGUCAAGAGAACACAGGGAAACCAUUGACUGAAUACCUUCCUAUAUUGUAUGAGGCAAAAGAUGAGAUAAAUUACUACUUCCACGCCGGAGAGACUAAUUUGUCAGGAACUGCAGUUGAUGAGAACCUGGUGGACGCAAUUCUUCUAGGCUCGAAGAGGAUAGGCCACGGAUACGCUCUGACGAAGCACCCGUCUCUGAUGUCAGCUGUGAUGAAGAAGGACAUUGCUUUGGAAGUGAAUGUGAUCUCCAACGUGGUGUUGUCGUUGGUGCACGAUGUGAGGAACCACCCCUUGGCCUCGUACCUGGCUAUGGGCGCGCCUGUAGUGCUGUCCAGCGACGACCCUGGCGCUUGGAGCGCGGAGCCACUGUCUCACGACUUCUUCGUGGCGUUCAUGGGCGUGGCCAGUAAGCACGCGGACCUGAGGAUGCUGAAGCAGCUCGCCCUGAACUCCAUCACGUACAGUGCGCUGGACGAUGAAGGUAAAGCGAGACUGCUCAAAGUGUUCAACGAACGGUGGGAUAGGUUUGUGAGAGAUGUUAUCACUGAUGUGUCCUUGUUGGAAAGUUAGACUUGAUUAAUUAAGUAUAGAAUUAUGUGAAGCGACAGACGGUUGCGAAUAAGUAUUACUUAGGUACCUUAUUUCGCGUUAAGAGUGAGAAUAAUUAUUACUGUGUCAUCUCGUCUCGACUGUUAGACAUAAUAUAAU